GCACGGCGCGCCUCACACCGCGCUCAGGAUGGAGAAGAUGCGGGCGGAGGACGGGGGCCAGAGGGAGCUGGUCCAAAGGUGGUUCACGGAGACGCAGGCGCCGCUCGUCCUGCACCACGGGACCUUCCCGGACUGGUUCAAAGGCUUCGCGGCCCGGAGGGAGACGGAGGAUCUACUGAGCGAUAAAGCUCCGGGCUGUUUCCUCAUCCGCCUCAGUGACCGAGCCAUCGGCUACGUCCUGUCCUACAAGGGCCUCGACCGGUGCCGCCAUUUCGUCAUCACCCAGAACCCGGAGGGACAGUUUGUGAUAGCAGGAGACUGUCAGCCGCACGGAAGCCUGGGCGAGCUGAUCCAGCAUUACAGGCUGACCCCCAUCCAGCCCUACGGAGAGCACCUGACCUCCAGCUGGUCCCAGUGUCCCCAGGUGAGCGCAGGUGACACAGACGAGCUGUACGACGUGGUGAACUACAGCGCCAAGGGGGCGCCCGGCCUCAGCGUCCGAGCUCUGCGGACUCUGUGGGACAACAAGCACGAUCCCCACGGCAACCACGGCGCCGUGCAGCAAAGCGACGCCCCGGCGGUCGACCCCCCCGCCUUGCCGUCUAAACUCAACAGCAGGAAGCUGACGGGGACGAUGUCCCUCUCGCAGGGCGUUCCUUCAGUUCCAAAGAGAGGCCUCCUCUCGGCCUUCUCCCUGCGAGGCCCUUUGCCCGACACAACACCCCAAACCCAGACCGACCCGGGGGGGUCAGAGGGAGUCCGGGGAAACACCAGUCCAACGGCAAAAGAUUCCUUCUUCCCGCUUUAUCCCGAGAUCAGGAGCACAUCUCUACUGGCGCUGGGCCACGGCAGCGUGGAGGAGGAGGAGGAGGAGGAGGAGGAGGAGGAGCUCCCUCCACCCGCACCAACAUCUCCCUCACCAGCUCCUCCGGAGACGACCCCGUGUCUCACCUACUCCCUCCACCAGCCCGACCUGCACGUGGUCCGGUCCAACCCACUGUACCAGGCCUCCAGCAGCCCGGCUCAGCCGCAGGGCGUCACGUACGCCGAGAUCCCCAGGAAGCCGGCGCUCGCCGCGCCGCCGGAGAACACCUACGAGUCCCCGGAGGACGUGAAGACCAAGAAGUCCCAGACCAGCUGGGGGAGAAACGUAAGUGGGGACAACCAAUCAGAGAUGUCGGUGUCAUUGGAGGCACAGAGUGCAGAAUCUAACAUGGCUCCUCUUCUCUCUGUUGGCAGUACGGGAAAUUAAAGAAACUCCUUCCUGAUCAUAAGAAGAAAUGAAAAAGGAACAGAAAUGUGCAUUAACAAUAAAUCCCUUUAGGCUUCAAUAAGAGUCACGUAGAACACAGAAGUUAUUGUUAUUUUUAGUAAAGACAAUCAUUUUAAAGUUAUUAUUUUUAUUAGAAAUAGUUUUUGUGGUUCUGUUGUUAUUUGUGUACUUUGUUGCUUUUAAAUACAAACAACUCUUUACUUAGCAAAUCUUUCACUUUUCAUCAUGAGCUCAUAUUAACCUUUUUAAUUAUUUGUGCAUAUAUAUUUAUAUCAAAGUGACAAACAAGACCAGUUAUAGAUUUGUAAUGAAUUCACAGAAGUUUAGGGGUUUGAUUAACUGUGUUUUGUACUUUUUGCGUGUGUAUUUUAAGAUAAACAUAUUAAAGUCUGUUAAUAGGAUUUUACUGCAUAGUAAUAUAACCUCACAUGCAUACUUGAGUCCAUUUUAUGCAUCUUAUAUAUACGUCUACUCCUCUACAUUCAUGUGACAGCUUUAGUUUCAUUUUCAGGUCAACAUUUUCACACAAAUGAUCGUUUUUUAAAAUAUGAUACUCUGCUGCUAAAGAUAAAAUCAUCAUACAGUAUGUAAAGUAGUUCAAAUGUGCUACACCACGUUGGAUUAAAAUGUUUAAAGGCACCAGUAACAAUGUUCCAAUAAUAUGACAUUCAUUUUUUGAUCUCUGUAAGGAACUAUUCUGCCAAAUUAGUAUUUUUACUUUCAUUAUUUCAUUAUACAGUGUCGUUUUUAAUACUCAAGUACCCGUAUU